UGAUUCAUUACAAUAUAUACACACACACACUACUAUACCUGCACAAGUUCAUCACCAACCAAAACAAAAAACUUGAAAUCUUUUAGCCAUGACAAUAAUUCGCACAAUAUUUUAUUUCCUUCCUCUCUUAUAUCUCUUCACUGUUUCAUUUGCUUCCACGGAGGAAGCAAUUGCUCUCCUCAAAUGGAAAGCAACUUUCCUAAACAUGAAUAACUCCUUACAGGCUUCAUGGACUCUAAGUCCUGCUGCUGCCACGAAUUCUUCCAGAAUUGGAGCGGCCAGUCCUAAUGCAUGCAGGGACUGGUAUGGGGUUACAUGUGUUAAGGGUCGAGUUAACAGGUUGAAUAUUACAAACGCUAAUGUUAAUGGCACACUCUAUGAUUUUCCAUUUUCAUCUCUCCAUUUUCUGGAAUAUGUUGAUCUUAGCAUGAACCGCCUCUCUGGCACCAUCCCACCUGAAAUCGGUAAGCUUACUAACCUUGUCUAUCUUGACUUGUCCAUCAAUCAGAUUUCUGGCAUAAUCCCACCACAUAUCGGCUCACUAACAAAGCUUGAGACCCUCCACAUCUUUGACAACCAAUUAAAUGGUUCCAUUCCCGGAGAAAUAGGUCACCUAAGGUCCCUAACUCACCUAGGUUUGCAUACUAACUUUCUUGAUGGUUCUAUACCUGCUUCAUUGGGGAAUUUGAACAAAGUGUCCUAUUUACAUCUUUAUAAUAAUAAGCUUUCUGGCUCCAUUCCUUCAGAAAUAGGAAAACUUGUCAAUCUUGUUGAAGCUUAUCUUGACAGAAACCAGUUAACAGGUCAUAUUCCUUCAGAAAUAGGUAACUUGAUCAAUGCAAAACAGUUUUAUGCUUUCUCCAAUGAAUUGUCUGGUCCCAUUCCCGCUGAAAUAGGGAAGAUGAAGUCACUUGAGAAUUUAAGCUUCCAAAGAAACAAUCUCUCUGGUCCAAUUCCCAAAACAAUAAGUGACUUAACUAAUCUCAAACUCUUGCACCUCUAUUCCAACCAACUUUCCGGUCCCAUUCCUGGUGAGUUAGGGAAUCUGAAAAACCUGAGUGAUUUGGAAUUAUCCAAUAAUUCACUUACUGGUCAAAUUCCUCCUUCCUUUGGCAGUUUGAGAAACUUGCAAUUUCUGUUUCUCCGUGAGAACAAACUUUUUGGUUCCAUUCCGAAAGAACUUGCCUAUUUGCAUAACUUGGUUGUGCUGGAAAUGGAUGAAAAUCAAUUUUCAGGUCAUUUGCCGGAGCAUCUUUGCCAAGGUGGGAAACUUGAAAAGUUCACGGUGAAUAGUAACAAGCUGACAGGGCCAAUACCAAGAAGCUUGAGCAAGUGCUCGAGUUUCAAAAGGCUUCGCUUAGGUAACAACAGUUUCACGGGGAAUUUAUCUGAAGCUUUUGGUAUCUACCCAGAUCUUCAGUUCAUUGAUUUGAGCGACAAUGAAUUUCAUGGUCAACUCAGCAGCAACUGGGGAAAAUGCAGGAGUUUGACUGAUUUGAGGAUUGCUAGAAAUAACAUUAGUGGUAGCAUACCACCAGAGAUUGGAAACAUCAAAGGGCUUCAAGGACUUGAUCUUUCAUCAAAUCAUUUGAUUGGGAAGAUUCCAAAAGAAUUUGGAAAAUUAACCUCUCUAGUUAAUCUUUUUUUGCAAAGCAAUCACAUUUCUGGCAGUAUACCUGGAGAACUUGGGUCUCUGACAAAGUUAGAGUCCCUCGACCUAUCAGACAACAUAUUGAAUGGGUCGAUCCCAACAUUUAUAGGAGAUUACAUGAACAUGUUUCACUUGAACCUGAGCAGUAACAAGUUUGGCCAGAAAAUUCCAAAAGAGAUGGGGAGGAUAGUUCAUCUUAGCGAACUUGAUUUAAGCCAUAAUCUUCUUGAAGGAGAAAUACCAGCUCAGUUAGCCAGUUUGCUGGACUUGUCAAACUUAAAUCUUUCCCACAACAGCCUUUCUGGCCGCAUUCCCAAAGAAUUUGGAAGUUUGACUGGUUUGCAGGAUGUUGUCUUGUCAUACAAUAAGUUGGAAGGUCCAAUACCAAAUAAUAAAGCUUUUAUUAAUGCUUCAUUAGAAGGUAAUAAAGGUUUUUGCGGCAAUGUAACAGGUUUCCUACCAUGCAAAAUACCAUCUUCAAUGGUGAAGAAGCACUCAAUCGCGAAGGGACGUAAACUAAUCCUCAUUACAGUACUUCCUAUUCUGGGAGCACUAGUGCUUCUCUGUGCUUUUGCUGGUUCUUUCCUUGUGCGUGACCAAAGAAGAAGAGUUAGAGACGUUGAAAGAAGGAAUUCCAGUGGUGAUAUUGAUGUCAAUGAAGAUGGAGGUUUGCUUUCCAUAUCCACAUUAAAUGGAAGUGCAUUGUACAGGGAUAUCUUAAAAGCCUCAAAUGAGUUUGAUGCAACGUUUUGCAUUGGGAAAGGAGGGUCUGGAAGCAUUUACAAGGUAAAGCUUCCAUUUGAGAAUGUAGCUGUAAAGAGACUUCAUUCUUCACUUGAAGUUACCCAUCACAGAAGCUUCAUCAAUGAGGUAAGGGCAUUGACAAGGAUCAAGCAUCGGAACGUUGUGAAACUCUAUGCCUUUUGUUCAAAUGCACAGCACUCAUUCUUGGUUUAUGAGUACAUGGAAAAUGGGAGCUUGUCUAGUAUUUUGAGCAAUGAAGUUGAGUCCAAGAAAUUGGAUUGGAUUAAAAGGGUGAACAUAGUCAAAGGUGUUGCUUGUGCUUUAUCUUACAUGCAUCACGAUUGCUCACCACCGGUUGUUCAUAGAGACAUAUCAAGCAAUAAUGUUUUACUUGAUUCCGCAUUUGAAGCUUGUGUUUCAGAUUUUGGCAUAGCUAAGAUUCUCAAGCCAGACUCAUCCAAUUGUACUGCACUUGCUGGCACAUAUGGCUAUGUUGCACCAGAGCUUGCCUAUACAAUGAAGGUGACGGAAAUGUGUGACGUCUAUAGCUUUGGAGUAUUAGCAUUGGAGGUAAUCAAAGGAAAGCAUCUUGGAGAAUACAUUACUUUGCUAGCAAACUCACCCAGAGAUGUGCAUCUUAGUGAUUUGCUAGAUGAACGCCUUCCAUAUCCUGAAGAUGAUGUGAAAGAGGUUUUAAUUUUCAUCAUCAAGCUAGCAAGCUCUUGUCUGCUUGAAACUCCAAAAUCAAGGCCAACAAUGCAAUUCAUCUCCCAUAUGUUGUCAAUGGAUCCACCUUUUUCUCAAAUAGGCUCCAUGAAGCCGAAAAGUUUCCCCGAGAUGUAAGAUGUCUGUAUAUGGAAAAAGAGCAAGUGCAUUAAUUGUUCGUGUGCUUAUCUAGUUUAGUGUUUCAACCUGAAGAAUUCUGAGUCCUUAUACUAGGCUGGAUACAAUAUCUAGUAGAAGGUAGUAAUAUUUCAAUUUUCUUGUGCCAACAAAUGCUUAUAAAAAUUAUUUAUGUUUGCUGAA